GUGCUUCCGGUGUGUGGGCGAGGCUCGUCGACAGCUGCGGAGCUCCGAGCUGCAGCAAGAAGAAGAACAAGAAGAAGAAGAAGAAGAGAAAAGACGAGGAGAAGAAAAAGAAGAAGACUUGGAGUUUGAUCUUUUCGAAGAAGAAGAAGAAAACUUUAUUUCUUUACUUCCGGCACAGAAUCACACGGCUGCUGCUGCUGCUGCUGCUGCAGGAUGUGAGAGAACCACAACACUGAACACAUUAAACUGAAGAUCUCAACCAGAUCUGAGCAGGAACAAGUUCAAAGAUCGUCAGAAGACGCUGGGCGGCAGACAGACAGACAGACAGACAGACAGACAGACAGACAUGGCUCUGUUCUUCUCCGGAGCUGUUACAAGUUCACCUAUCAAACGUCGGCUGCGGGGAUACGACUCCUGUCACAGCCUCGACCAGUCCGUCCUCUCUCCCGACUCCUCCUACGUCUGUUACUCGUCCGUGGAUGGCGGCGAUCCGUGCUCCUGCCGCCGCUCGCCGCGUCUCCUCACCAACGGAUACUACAGCGUCACCGAGGACAGCUUCACCUGGGACGACGACGGCAACGUGUCGCUGACUCCCUGCAAAACCAGCGUGUCCUACAAGGAGAACCUGGUCAGGGUUUUCCGGCGCAGGCGGCGUCCUCGCAGCUCUCUGGCUCGCCUGUUCAGCGAUGUGACGGAGAGCUGCCAGUCCUGGCUGGAUGAGAAAGUCUUCAGAGGCGUGUUCGGGACCGGACAGAACCAAAACCAGAACUGGGACGAAGACCAGGACCAGGACAAGGAAGUGGACUGGACCAGGACCAACAAAGAGGGCCCGGCCCCGCUGGACCUGUCGACCUGGUCCGGAUUCACCAGCACCGAGCUGGACGGCAGCCACAGCUUCACUUACGACCACACCGAGAUCCCGCCCCCUCCGGACAAAGUGGCCCCGCCCCCAAAGCUGCUCAUCCAGGAGGAGAUUUGUUCUGAGAUCUGUCAAUCAAAGGAGCAGUUCACCCAGUCACUGGGCGGCUUCUCUGAGGUCCCGCCCCCCUCGCCCUUCUACACCAGCAGCUGCUGCUGCCAGGCCUCACCUGAGCACACAGGGUUAACGAUGACGGCUCUUCUGCUCUUCAUCUUCACCGUCUUCAUCGUCACGGCUCUGUGCUCAGGGUGUCUCCUGUGGAGCGCGACUGUUGCAUCGACCGCGUUCAUGGCGAUCACAGCAUUCAUGUUCCUGACGAAGUCGGGGCCGCUGGGCGAGUGGAGGAGGGCGAAGACGGAGGAUAUCACAUCAAGAAACGAGUGAAAAGCGUCUGCAGAACGUUUCCAGUGUUGUGAAAUGUGAAAACUGGAGGAGGGACAGAAAAAACCAGUCUGCUGGGACUCAGUGGAAAUAUUUAACAUUUCACCAACAUGUUUGCAUGUAAGUUGCACUUAAAGGACCAAGUUCUCCUCGAGCUCCGGAGAACGUUUGACAGAAAACAUCAGUUUGAUGCUUCAUGAUAAAAAUCACAACCUGUUGAAUGUCGGUCUGUAUCUAAAUGUUCUGCGCUGAGCUGCGUCGAUCGAAGGGCUGAAGUUUAAACUGUCAACACAUUGACAGCAUUUAAUAUUUGAAUCUUAAAGCCGUGAAAAACUGAGCGUGGUGACGUGUCCAGACGACAGGUCGCGUCACCUGGAAGCUGACUGACGUUUCCUUCCUGUUACAUGUCAGAAUAAUAACUGUUCACCGGCGAUCACGAGCUGAAUCAGACGAUGUGAUUCUGUUAAAAGGCCGAAGGAGCUCAUGAACAUGGUGACACAAGUAGCUGUAGUUUAGCAUCUAUAAAAUAUAUUUUAAAAAAUAUAUCCUUAUCAUGUAUAACAAAAAAAUGUACCUGAUGUAUUUUUGAAAUACUGUAAGGUAUCUUCUGUGUCAGUAGUUAAACUUGGCUGUUUUUGGGACGUCCAAACGUUGUCGGACUCUCCUCGUCUGCAGAACAGAUUCAGGUCCAACAGCUAAAAGAAUUCAGCGCCGAGCGUUCUUCUAUUCCUUCAAUUUAAAAAUAACCGCUGUGACUUUUCUAAGAACACAAACGCACAAAAACACCUGAAGUCCUGAUCUGCCGGAGGUUGUGACCACAGGAGAUUAGUGCCAUUGUUUUUUUAUCCCUGAGGAAACUGAGUCGCUCCAAUAAAAUGACUCACAUCUUUCAAAAAAUAAUACAUCGUGUUGGUACAUUAAAGCUGCACAAGCACUUGUGAAAGUCUGAUUUCCUGGAUCUCUCCGGGACUUCCUGACGGCUGUGAAAAGCAGCGUAAGGAGGAGACGCUUAGUUCGUUUGACUUUCGCCCAGUUGACGGGUCGGUGGGCGGGGCCAGAACCACGAGUCGUUACUCACAUAAUCCUACCUCGUUCUGAUGGAUUCAUACUGACGGUGAGACACCAUCAGAUAAAAUAAAAACAGAUAGAUGAAGUCAGAGAAUCAUAUUGAUCUUGUUAGCAUGGCGUUCUCUUGUGCAGCUUUAAGAGAAGCAGCUGAUAAAACGCCAUGAAUCGUGUCCUCAGUGCCUUUAAAUCAGCCAGCAGCGCAGAAACACAGAAUAUUACAGGGAAGAGAUCGAUUUAAACCUUAAAAUGCUGCUGAAACAUUAAACAGACGUGGAGAACGUGUGGUUUCACAGCUGGGUGGAGUUUCCUGCAUUUUAGAUCUAAAAAAAAAUAUAUUGUCUCUAAUAAAAGUGGCCGUGUUCACACAUUUGACAGCGGAACUAAUGAGGAAAAAUCUAAAGCAGAAACUGUUUUUAAACUCCUCGUUCAGCCUGUCGGGAGCUGUGAUGAUGCUCCGAAAUAAUCAGCUUUAAACUGUCCUGUUAAGAGUGAGACAGCGUCAGGAACAAAACUCUGAUGUUUCUGAAUCGAUCGAACCUGCUGCACACGCAGGAGAAGGUUUUAUCAGCAGCCUGCCGUCACUGUUGGUGCGUCAGCGGCAGAUUUAACGUCCUCGUGUGAACACAGUCGCUCGUGUUUCUCUGUGGGACAAACUCCACCCGGCUGGCAGCUCAGGCAGGAAAAAGAAACCUGAACUCCUCCGUGAGUUGAGUCUGCGUCUGCGUGCAGGUCCACAAUCCUUCACACAGCGUCUCGACUUUCUGCCGGAGCAACAAGAAACUCAACGCUGAGCUUUAGAGCUCAGAGAGGGAUCAGGGAGAAAAUCUUUAAGGUCAAAUCGAAAAGGAAAAAUCAUCUUGUGGUUUCAGUUUAAAAUGAAUCCUCGUGCUGCAGAAAUAAUUGAAACCAGUCAAACAGUCACAAACAGUUUGUAUUGAUCAGUUAUCGCUCUGUCGUGGCAGGAAGCUGGAUAUUAGACAUAAAGAAAAAUAAGUACUGUAUGGCUUUAUAAAGUUUGGCUUUAUAAAGUUUUUUUUUUUUAAAUUCUAUCAUGUUUGGGCCUCAAACUAGCCAAGACCUGGAUCGUACCUGGAGGAGGAGCUGAGCUGAGCUCUGCGUCCAGCAGCAGCACACAUCAGCUCCUCCUGUCUGAAAUAUAAAUGUUCUCCUGUGUGAUUUUGUGUUGAUGAGCCGGAGGAGCAGAGAGGUUCCAUCUGUAGCGCUUCAUGUUCCAGAUCGUCUGAUAACGCUGCGUUCAGGUCAUAAAGGGAUUAUCACAAUCACCGCCUGCCGACUCCUUCACACCGAUGUUGAAGUUGUAACCGCGUUUUUAAGUCGUUAAAGGUCAUUUGUAAUUUGUACUGCUCAUUUCCUGUUAGCAUGAACGCUCACACUGUUUUCGCUACCGUCCAUUUUAACCGACGUGAACACAGCGUCUGAUCUGAAACCUGACGGGUCAACAGCUCGCACACCAGAAAGCAAAAAAUAAUCAGAAAACAAACUGUUAGAGGCUCGAUGACGAAGUGACGACAAAUGUAGCUGCAGAGCUAACUGCUAACAUGCUAGCAACUGUCCAUUUGGGACUCACACUUCGGACUAACACUGCGCUGUGAUUGGUGUAAAUCACAAGUUUCAUCACGAUACUGUAUCGUAUUUUAUAUCACAAAGUCUGCCGCGAUAUGAUUCGAUUCAGGACAGGAGACAGUAUGAGAAGAUUAUAUAUCCGCUCAGAUUAAUUAAACGUCCUGAGGCUUUGUGGCGGUCACAAGGACGAGUCACGGCGACAUGUAGCAGCCAAUCACAGCGCAGCAGGGCGGGACGAGGUCGACUCUUCGUCUCCGGCUCUGUUCGCUCACAGGUCGGCAGCUAUUGGUCGAUGUUCACUGAAGCUGAGCCCGAUUUGAUCCCAAAGAAAGAUUUUGACAUGAAAUGUGUAAUUCUGGUGCGAGCAGGCCUUUAAAAGGUCGAACGUCUCUGUUUCUGUGUAACCUGAGUCAUCGAUGUGUUUUUAUUCACUCAAAGUGCCAAAAUUUGUAGAAAUCUGGUGAUUCAGGGAAACGUUACGUCACAAGAAUCAAUCUAUAUUACUAAUGUUUUUGUAAUAUUGUGCUCUGCAGAACUUCUUGCUUUGCAUUUAAAGCUGCACGUCUCAGAAUUUUUAUACGAACACGAUCAAGCGACACUGUUGUAAUGUGAGAGAAGUCGAUCCUGAAAUCCUUUUAGCCUCUUUUAGCUCCUAGUUUUGGUUUUUACGGCUGAAAAUAAGAGGCGGAUUUUUCCCUCGGGAGUUGGUGGCGAGAAAAACAUUUUAAUGCAGCUUUAAAUGACCAAAGUUAAAUGUGUAACUUUAGGAGGUUGGUUUUCUUUUAUAUGAUAAACAUUUAAGAAAAAAAAAAAGAAGAAUUUACUGUAAAAGGAAAGUUUCUGUCACUCGAGUUCAUGAAAUGUGGAUCUUUCUCGGAUGAAUCUGUCAGUGUAGCUCUUGUGUGUGACGUGAUGCAGCUGAUGUACAUGUUGUUGUAUAUAUCUUUAUUUUUAUUGACGGCACUUAUUGCAUCUGUUAACUCUUUAUUACACUGUGCUGUAACCCUGUUGUUGAAGUCUGUGGUCGGUAACUUCCUGUUCUGAACAUGUCAAAUUAAAUCUUAAACGACGCACAAAAACUAGAUUUGAAUUUGAAACUGAGACGUGAUUAAGAUCGUUCGCCUGAACGAGCAAACGACGAUCGAUCGAUGUGAUAAAUUUAAAGGACAAAGUCGUCCUGUUCUCAGUGUUGAUCACUGAGUGUUAAUCAAUAGUUUGGGAGCCGAUCAGCUCCUCGUGUCGGCCUGUCGACGGCUCUGUGCUUUAAGAUUUGAUUUCAACAGAACUUUUUGUUUCGUCAGAUAUUUCCAAACUCCAGUGAAAAUGUUUUCUUUCAUCUGAAGUUUGUGUGAAUGUUCAUCAUCCAUUAAAGCAUGUUACAAAGAC